CGUUGAUUUCAGACGUCAAGUUUAAUCAAAAUUCUUUCAACGGUCGAAAAUGUUUCAGAGACUCUAUGAUGACUGCAGAGGAACUAACCCUUUGCCUCCUUGUCUACAAUCCCUCCAUUGUAAACCCUAGUCGUCCCAGUGACACCAUUUCCGGCGAGCUUCGACGACGGCUUACAUUCCAACUCCAACGGUAUUCUUCCUUCAUUUGAGUAAUUCGUUUCCUCCAUUUUCUUGGGAACCAAACUGAAAUUUUGAGAACAUUUUCUUUCCCUUGUGUGAAGCAUUCUGCUAAUUAUAGUCAGUUGGGUUUUAGGAGUUGAUGAAAUCAUCUAUUUUAGCUUCAUAGUUUAGAAUGAGUCCUGCUUUGCUUCCUAAACAUGUUGCUGCAGUGGUAAAGUAUCAGAAGAAUCCUCUUAAAGCACUGGAAAUAUUCAAUUCAGUUAAAAAGGAGGAUGGGUUCAAGCACACGUUGUUAACCUAUAAAGGCAUGAUUGAAAAGCUUGGGUUUCAUGGGGAGUUCGAGGCCAUGGAAGAGGUGCUCGCGGAGACGAGGAUGAAUAUCGACAAUGGUUUAUUAGAAGGAGUUUAUAUUGGGGCCAUGAGAAAUUAUGGUAGAAAAGGAAAAAUUCAAGAAGCUGUGGAUGUAUUUGAGAGGAUGGAUUUUUUCAAUUGUGAGCCAUCGGUUCAGUCAUAUAAUGCGAUAAUGAAUAUACUGGUGGAGUAUCGGUAUUUUGAUCAAGCCCACAAGGUGUAUAUGAGAAUGAGAGACAAGGGUAUAGUUCCUGAUGUUUACACCUUCACAAUUAGGAUGAAGUCCUUUUGUAGGACCAGUAGGCCACAUGCUGCUCGGAGGCUUCUGAAUAACAUGCCUUCCCAGGGGUGUGAAUCAAGUGCAGUUGCAUAUUGUACAGUGAUAGGUGGGUUUUAUGAAGAGAAUCAUCGAGUUGAAGCACAUGAAUUGUUUGAGGAAAUGCUUGGUCUAGGUAUUUGUCCAGAUAUAAUGGCAUUUAAUAAGCUUAUACACACACUUUGUAGGAAGGGGCAUGUUCAAGAAAGUGAAAGACUUCUCAACAAGGUUUUAAAGAGGGGAGUGUCUCCAAAUUUAUUUACAGUCAAUAUCUUCAUUCAAGGCUUUUGUCAAAGGGCCAUGCUUAAUGAAGCUAUCCGUUUGUUGGAUGGUGUAGGGAGAGGUCUGACUCCUGAUGUGAUCACAUACAACACACUCAUAUGUGGCCUGUGUAAGAACUUUAAGGUUGUGGAAGCUGAGCAUUAUUUGCGUAAGAUGGUGAAUGAAGGGUAUGAGCCUGAUGGUUUCACCUACAACAGUAUUAUUGAUGGAUAUUGCAAGCUGGGUAUGAUGCAAAAUGCAGAUCAAAUUCUGAGAGAUGGAGCUUUCAAGGGGUUUGUGCCUGAUGAAUCCACAUAUUGCUCCCUAAUCAAUGGGUUAUGCCAGGAUGGUGACAUAGAUAGGGCAAUAAAUGUAUUUAAUGAAGCCAUGGAAAAAGGAUUAAAGCCUAAUCUUGUUCUCUGCAACACAUUAGUCAAAGGUUUGUCUCAGCAGGGACUUAUUUUGCAAGCCUUGAAGCUGAUGAAUGAAAUGUCAGAGAAUGGUUGCAGUCCUGACAUAUGGACGUACAAUUUAGUUAUAAAUGGUUUGUGCAAGAUAGGUUGUGUAUCUGAUGCCGAUAACCUAGUAAUUGAUGCUAUAGCCAAAGGGCAUCUUCCCGAUGUUUUCACUUUUAAUACCCUAAUUGGUGGUUAUUGUAAAAAACUGAAGUUGGACAAUGCAAUUGAGAUUGUUGAUAGAAUGUGGAACCAUGGUGUUUCCCCAGAUGUGAUCACAUAUAACUCCAUUCUCAAUGGCCUCUGCAAGGCUGGAAAGUAUGAAGAUGUAGUGGGAACUUUCAAAUUAAUGAUGGAGAAGGGGUGUGUUCCUAACAUUAUCACAUAUAAUAUACUGACAGAAAGCUUUUGCAAAGCUCGAAAAGUAGAGGAAGCUCUGAACUUGAUUGAGGAAAUGCAAAUCAAGGGUCUGACUCCAGAUGUUGUCAAUUUUGGGACAUUGAUGAAAGGUUUUUGCGAUAAUGGGGAUUUGGAUGGAGCCUACCAGCUAUUUAAAAGAGUAGAUGAGCAAUAUAAAUUUUCUCAUACAAUAGCAACUUACAAUAUCAUGAUCAAUGCAUUUGCUGGGAAGCUGAAUAUGAACAUGGCAGAAAAGCUUUUUAAUAAGAUGUGUGAAAAUGGCUUCUCUCCAGACAGUUACACUUACCGUGUUAUGAUUGAUGGUUUCUGUAAAACAGGAAACAUUAAUUCUGGGUACAGUUUUCUUCUGGUAAAGAUUGAGAAGGGAUUGAUUCCAUCACUGACAACAUUUGGAAGGGUAUUAAACUGUCUUUGCCUGAAGCGUAGAGUUCAUGAAGCAGUUGGUAUCAUCCACCUUAUGGUGCAUAAAGGUAUUGUACCAGAGGUUGUUAACACAAUUUUUGAGGCUGAUAAGAAGGAAGUAGCAGCACCUAAGAUCGUUGUAGAAAACUUGAUGAAGAAGGGUCAUAUAACUUACUUUGCAUAUGAAAUUCUGCAUGAUGGCAUUAGAGAUAAGAAGCUAUCAAGGAAGAAGCUUCCAACUUCCCAGAAGGUGUUCUCUUGAUUUCAGACAGAGGACCUUGAUAUCUUGAUUUCAAAGUGUGUAUGCAACACAUUAAUCUGCAUCAGACCAGUAAACUUCAAGUACAAGGCUACAACGCGGUGGACUCUAGUGAAGUCUGUGAAAAAGUUACCAUAGAUAAGGUGUCUCAGGUUUAAGUUGAGCCCAUGUAGACUCAACAAACUAAAUGGCUUGCUGCAGUACAAUUGCUGGCAUUGAGGGGUAUAUUUGUUUUACAGUUUGGAAAGAACGAAAUUGACAACUUAUAUUGUCACCUUAUUUCAUUAUUAAGAAUGCCAGGUGGCCUGGUGAGGGGCAGGGGGAGAGACAUGGAAGCAUAAUACUCAUUCCUCGUAAUCAAAAUCUUGGCUCAUUCUUCCUAUAGUUUGUGCUGAAGAGGCAGAGAGCAACCAAGGUCCCAUAUUCAUCGGUUAUGAAGCUUGGAAAGCUGUUUGCAUUUUGGCAGGUAUUGGCAUCAUGUUAUGCUCUGCAACUGUUUCAGAAUUGGAGCUCUAGCUAAAUUUGUGCUUUGCAAACUGAAGCUAAAGUGUGUCUUGAAGAUUUCCAAUGGGCAGAUUGAGUAGCUUCUGCAGGACGUUAACCCUUAAAACAGAGCCAGAUCCUUGUGUGUAAUCUAGCUGCUUUGCAAUCAGAACCAUCAAAUUUUCACUCUCGUAGGAUUUAGGUUAAGAAAGCUCUGUAUAAAUCAGUAUUAGCAUGUGGUGCUUGUAAGUAUUUCUUUUGAGACACUUAUAUCUAAUGGACUUCUCUUGUUCAAUAUUUUUACAUGGAAACAAAAAUAAAAAUGGAACUGUUAUUAGCU